UGCUGGAUGGAGCCACACGGGAGUCAUGUGAGGAGACAUGACAAAAACAGCCUUCCUUAAAUUAUGUGUGGCAAUUGUGAUCACAUUCAUUUUAACCUUGCCGGAACAUUUCAAGACCCCAAAAGGAAGAAUUUUGGAGCUAACCUGUCUGAAACUUUGUUUAAAACCCAAUUUGACCCAUUCACUCUCCUCCUUCAAUUUGCCUUUCAUGACUUUUUUGAAACCAGUUAAAGAAGCUCAGAUUAUUCUGGAAGUCUUUCUAAACCACUCCGAUUUUGAAAACGUCACGAGGACUUGCCAAGACAUCACAAGCAAAUUCCAAAUGUGCUCUUUGUGUUUGGUUUGUGAACCUAAAGGAAACGUGAGCUCUAUUUCUCAGGAAGAAACAUCAACAGUUCUUACCAUGACAGGAUCAGUGGAAAUGAAAGAUGCUGAUUUUCACUCCCCUUGUCAACAUUUUAAUUUUACUGCGGCUCCCACAGUUGAAUACUGGGAGGAAAAGAACACUACCUGUAAUCUGAAAAUGCGCACUAGAAGGUCAACAGCCGCCAAGCAAGACCCAGCCGAGCAGAAGCCUGUAAAUCACACUUGCAGAAUCACGGAAUCUCUGAAUAAUUGCACACACCUUUCCUUGUACCUAGAAAUGGACACAAAUUAUACCAUUUGCUCCAUGAAGAUUAUUUGGUAUGCUUUAGUCCUGCUAGUUUUUGUGGCUUUGAUCAUCCUCCUUACACACAAAAUACGGGAAGGCCACCGAGUACAGAAGUGGCAGAGUCAUAAAUACAAGCCUGCAUCUGUUCUCUUAAGGGAAAGAGAUUCCGAGAAACUGAGAGUACUGAAUGUACGGGUUAUUUCAGAGACCAUGCAAGGCCAUUGCUCGGUUCAGGUCAAGGAAAUACUUCCCUCAAUACCAGAGCUGGAAGUUGCUACCACAGCACAUCUGGAAGACCUUAAUUGUACGUGAAUCCUCUCAGAUGUUCUGGACUAAACCCUGGUGGAGAAGAGUCUUAGUUUUCCUUUGGGCUAAGCACACAGGUAAAUGUUCCAGUCCAGCCGAGGAGGCGCAAGGCAGGCAGCAGGAACGCCGGUUGGUGAAUGACAGCAAGUGCAGAGAGUUUAUUUGCCCCAGGAGAUUGAGGGAAGGAGAAUUUUUUUUUUCAAGAAGCUGCUGUGAGUCAUGGAAAACAAGCUGAUGAAACACAGGGAAACAGCAAGGGACGCAUCCUCUGGUCUUGACCCAUCACUGAACAGCUUAGAAAAGACCCCUGGUUUUCAACCAACCACAGAGUCAAGCGUGGAAACCUGUUGCCUCACUGGAUCACGUGAUGACUUAUUUUUCCUAUACAGAUGGAUUGUUUCUAUUUUCAUAAAUUAUGGAUGAAGGUCUGUGUUAUCUGUUGAUUUUUUGUUUGCUUGUGUAAAUCUCUCCUUCUCUGAGUGCCAAGAUGUUUUUUUAAAAAAAUCAAACAUGCUGAAAUAAAAAUAAUUAAAAUAUUUAAGUCUAAUAGCAAAAGACUUCUUCAAAGUCAACUGGUUUUUGUAUUUGUUAUCACCAUCAUUGAUGCCAAAAGUAAAUAUGGCUAUUAAUUACAAGCACAUCUGGAUAACAGGAUAGAUAUUAAUGUGAAAAAAUGUGAAAAUACCUUCCCAGAGUUAAGGUGGAACUAACAUUGUUACCAAGUAGAUCUCGAGAGUUUACCUGUAGGAUGAGGCUUUGUCAAAGGGCAAAGUUCAAAACAUGCUCCCUCAAAAUAUAACCCAUUUGAAAAAAUCUUUAACAUUUUUGUUUAUUUACUUGAGAGAAAAAGAGGUAUCUUUCAUCUAAUGGUACAUUUCCCUAAUGU